AUGUGUGAUUCGGCUAUUAGAGGCCCUGGCCUUUUUAGUUAUGAAGAAGCUGGUUCAUCUAAGGAACAAUCUGGUAACAAUCUGAUGAAUGCUUGGUUAAAGAAAUCUCAUAAAAGGAUUUCUGAUUCUGACUGGAACUUUGGAAGUGCUGGAAAAUACAACAUAACCUUACAGAAGGCCUUGGUGGUUAAAGCUUUUGGAGAGAAUUUCUCUUCAUUUAUGGUUAAUGUUGAACUGAGGAGACAAUGGCUGCAUUUGGGUAAAUUUAAGAUGACUUGGCUUGGAAAUGGAUGGUGCUUAUGCUUAUUUGAAGAGGAGGAAGCAGUGGAAUUGGUUCUUGCCAAUGGUCCCUGGUACGUGAAGGGCAAUAUUAUAGGAGUGGAUAGAUGGAGCCAAUCCUUCUCUCCCAAUUCGUUGAAAGGUCUGACUGCACCAGUUUGGGUAAGAAUGCAAAACUUACCACUUCUCUAUUGGGAUCCUAUAAAUGUUUUUAGGAUUACCUCAAAGGUUGGUAAACCUUAUUUGCUUGAUGAGAAUAUGUUUCAAUGGGGGAAACGUGAGUUUACAAGGAUAUGCGUUCACAUAAAACUUGAAGAACCUAUUCCGCUUGGAGUUUGCGUAGAUAGAAGUUCUGGUAAAUUUUAUCAAAAAAUUGAAUAUGAGAAGGUGCCUAAUAUUUGUUUUGGUUGUGGUAGAAUUGGACAUGACCAAACUAAUUUCCAUGAGAAGGUUGAUGUAAAGACAUCAUCUAGGAGUUUCGAUGCGCAUGAACAAAUUAUCCAUGUCAGAUAUGGAAGGAAGAAUUCUGGUGGGAGUGUUUAUGGAAGGAAGAAUUUUGUAGCAGAAAAGACGUCAAACAAGUUCAAUUUGAAUCAGGGGAACAAGCAAGUAUUCGGGAAGAAGUUUGAAGACAAUGAUGGAAAAUUGGAAGCAAAUAAGCUAUUGGUUCCUGAUGUUUCAGAUCAGGACAAUGUAAUGGUCCUAGAAAAUGUUGAACCUGGGGAAAUUAUUAUAGUCCAAGACAUUCCAAAUUCUAAUAAAUUCUCUGCACUAUCUAACCUGGUGGAAGAAGAUGGUUUGCAAAUGGUUAACACUGUUAAACCUGGAACAGAGAAUGGUGAAGGAAAUGGUGAAACAAAGUUUAUCCAGCAAGUUUUUGGUUCAAAGUUGAAUAAAAAAGCCGGUUCUCCUAAGAACAGGGAUUGUGAUAAGAAUGUAGAAUUCAGUGAAGCUGGUUCUGCAAACAUCAAAAUUAAACUUACCAAAGAACUCAAGAGUCUUGGCCCAGUUAAGCUAUUACCAAGAGGUAGGAAAGUGGAAAAUGAUAUGAAGGAAAAGAAGGGAAGCUCUUCCCUUUUUGUCCCUAAAAUGGCCUCAAUUAUGUUUUGGAAUUGUAGUGGAGCCAAGAAAAAAGAGGCUUCUCUAUAUUUGAGGGAGAUGGUGAAAGAGAAUAAUGUGUUUUUUGUGGGGAUUUUGGAAACCAAAGUAUCUAAUUUCAGUGAUACUGAUAUUUCUAGCCUAAUUGGGGAAGAAUGGGGAUUUUUUCAAGUCCCUGUUAUUGGCUUAUCUGGUGGAAUAUUAAUAUUAUGGAAGUUCAGGGUAGCUUCUUUUAAUUGCUUAUUUUCUUCUAAUCAAGCUAUCAUUGGUGAUCUUGAAGUCUUGAAGAUGGGGAGAUGGAUAGUUUCCAUGGUUUAUGGUGGUAGAGAAGUGGUCCAUAGAAGAAUUCUAUGA